AUGCCGCAAACGAAAAAGACAGAGAAACUGGUGGAGGAAAUCGAACAGCCAGACCAGGCCGAGGCUACCACAGACACUCCUAGCACCUCAGAGCCAAAUGGCGACAAGCAAGAAGACGAUGCGGCUGCUAAGGCCCGCGAGAGACAGCAGAGAUUUAAGGCACUGAGGGAACGAGCGAGAUCUGCCAAUGAGCGCAACUUGAAGGAAACUGCAGCCGAAACACAGCGACUGGCUACUGACCCCAACCUUGCGAAAUCGCUGGACCGCAAGCACGACUUCGCUGCACACAAGCUCCUCAAGGCCGACACCGAAGCGGGCGGUGAAGAUUUUGAACGUAAACGAGCUUGGGACUGGACGGUUGAAGAGUCAGAGAAGUGGGAUCGACGUCUAGAGAAGAAGCAGCGCCAUCGCGAUGAUGUGGCUUUCCAGGAUUACACUCAAGAUGCUCGAAAGGUUUACGGCCGACAGAUGCGACAGCUUGCACCCGAUUUGGAAGCAUACGAAAAAGAGAAGCUGGCAGCGAUCGAAAAGGCCGCCGCUAAUGGUGACCUCGAAAUCGUUGAGACGGAGGACGGGGAGAUGAUUGCUAUCGACAAGAAUGGCAGCUUUUACUCCACUGCUGACAGCGUGGGCUUUACUGACAACAAGCCGGAUCGCGCAGCUGUGGACCGACUUGUUGGGGAUCUCCAGAAGGCCGAAGAUGAGCGCCUGAGGAAGCGCAAGGCGCGUCGCGGAGACGAGGAAGCCGAUGUGACAUACAUCAACGACAAGAACAAGCAUUUCAACCAGAAGCUUGCCCGUUUCUACAACAAGUACACAACGGAGAUUCGGGACAGUUUCGAGCGAGGAACCAUGAUCUAA